AUGCUUUCUGCAAACCUGGAAAGUCUAAAGAUUACAAUAAUUGCUGGACCAAAGGGACCCUCUCCAGGCAUAAAUAGCAAGACUCCUACUGUCUUCUCUUGCAGACCAACUCAGCUGCCAGCAAAAGCAGGUGCUCUCCCCCUACCAGUGCUCCAGAGGAAAUAUUUAGGAAUGGAAAACCUGAUGUUUGUCUACUGCUCCUGUAAAGUUAUCUGGACACUGCUUGUAACAAUACUAGGUUAUGCCAGCAGCUUGCCUGUGGGUGAUGAUUCUAUUUGCACAGCAGAGGAACUUGCUAAGUACAGCAUAAUCUUUACAGGGAAAUGGAGUCAGACUGCUUUCCCCAAGCAGUAUCCGCUUUACAGGCCUCCAGCACAGUGGUCAUCAAUGCUAGGUGUUACUCAUAGUUCUGACUACAGCAUGUGGAAAAAAAAUGAAUAUGCCAGCAAUGGUGUACGUGAUUUUGCUGAAAAGGGUGAAGCAUGGGUAUUAAUGAAAGAAAUAGAAGAAGCUGGAGAGAAAAUUCAGAGUGUACAUGGAAUCUUCUCUGCUCCUGCCAUUUCCAGUGGUACAGGACAAACCUCUACUGAAUUAGAAGUGCAUUCAAGACAUCCCUUAGUUUCAUUUGUUGUACGAAUUGUUCCAAGCCCUGACUGGUUUGUGGGUAUUGACAGCCUAAAUCUCUGUGAAGGAGACCACUGGAUGGAGGAAGUCUCAGUAGAUCUAUUUCCAUAUGAUGCAGGAACUGAUAGCGGUUUCACAUUUUCCUCCCCAAACUUUGCCACUAUUCCUCAGGACACAGUUACAGAGAUCACUUGUUCCUCCCCAAGUCACCCAGCAAACUCAUUUUAUUAUCCCAGACUCAAAAUUUUGCCACCUAUCGCUCAAGUAACAAUGGUGAAAUUAAAGAAAAACCAACUGGGUCUUCCUGCACCUUACCUUGAUCUUCCACCUAAAAGCAAUGAAAUAAUAGAUUCUGUCUCAGAAACACCACUGGACUGUGAGGUUUCACAAUGGUCUUCCUGGGGUCUCUGUAGAGGUCUUUGCAGAAAAACAGGGACCAAGAUCAGAACUCGUUUUGUACUUCUUCAGCCUGCCAAUAAUGGAAUGCCUUGUCCAAAUCUGGAUGAAGAAACAGGAUGUGAACCAGAGAACUGUGUCUGA